AUGUACCUCUGGAUCCUCCUUACCGGGCUGCUGGGGUAUUCCCUCGCCCAGGCCAUCUACCGACUCUAUUUCCACCCUCUGCAUGUCUUCCCUGGCCCCAAAAUUGCAGCAGUGACCUCUCUAUACCAGUUUUUCCACGAUGGCAUCCGAGGAGGUCGAUAUCUCUGGGAAGUCGAGAAGAUGCACGAGAAAUACGGCCCCAUUGUCCGCAUCAACCCCCACGAACUUCACAUCAAGGAUCCCCAGUACUUCGACACCAUCUACCGCUCUCCCAAACAAGAGAAAGACGUCAGCGCCGCGGCGGUUUUCAUGUCGCCGAACUCGAUGAUCGGCACCGUCAGCCAUACCCAACACCGCACGCGCCGCGCGGUGUUGAACAACUUCUUCUCCAAGCAGGCCGUUGCAAAGCUGGAGCCUCGCGUCUGGCUGUUUGUCGAGAAGCUUCUCCACUGGCUAGAAGAGGCAGAGAAAUGUACCACUGCUGCAGAUACAAUCCGGCUCCACGAUCUGUAUGCGAACCUGACCACCGACGUGAUCACAGAGUACACGUACGGGCAGAGCAUGGACUGUCUGGACGAGAACGGGGUGAACAGCAUCCUCGAGGCAAGUGACGGAUUCAGCAGCUUGGUCCAUAUCAUAUGGUUCCUGCCUGUUCUGUCGACAAUAUUAAGAGGGAUCCCCCUCUCGGUCAUGGAGAAUCUGCAGCCGCGGGCAGCCAAAUUCUUCGGACUGCAGCGCAUGAUUCGAGAAAGGUCCCAGGCCAUCCUCAACAAGACCGAUCACCGUGCAGAGGACAAAACAGCCAGAACCGUCUUCGAAGCCCUGACGGCGUCUUCUGUGCCCGCGGAGGAAAAGAGCCUGUCCCGACUGGAAGAUGAAUCGGUCGUCGUCCUGUUGGCAGGCAUGGGCACCACUGCGCGAGUGCUGAGCACUGGAUCAUUACAUCUUGCCAAUAACAAGGCUCUCGCCUUGAAGCUCAGACAGGAACUGAUGCAGGUGAUGCCUGAUCCAACGAGCAAACCAUCCUGGUCUCAACUUGAACAGGUGCCUUAUUUGACGGCAGUUAUUAAUGAGUCUCUCCGACUGUCCCAUACCGUUGUCUUUCGUCUUACACGUCUGUCGCCUGUUGACCCGUUGGUAUAUGGCGACUACGUGAUUCCACCGGGGACCCCCGUGAGUCAAUCGCAGUAUUUCGUCCAUAUGGACCCCGACAUCUUCCCGGACCCUCACACCUUCGAUCCAGAGCGCUGGCUCCGUCCGUCGACUCAAGGCGACGUUCCCUUGACGCGAUUCCUCGUUCCCUUCAACAAGGGGAAUCGCAAUUGUCUGGGUAUGAACCUCGCUUAUGCCGAGUUAUAUAUUACCUUUGCGGCUGUCUUUCGUCGCUUCGAUCUGGACCUGGUCAAUACGUCGUUGGAAGAUCUUCGCUUCACGCGGGACUUGGGGGGGGGAGCUCCUGAGCAUAUGCGAUUCCAUGUUUUUGCAAGAGUGAGAGAGGCGUCUUGA